AUGAGCAGAUCCUACUUAAACAUCAAAACAGAGCGAGAAACUUUACGAAAAGCAAAACAAAGAGAGAAUCACGAAAUGAGAUGGAGGGGAAAUCAGAACACACGAGAAAGAUUCAAUAGCGGAACACCAACACCUGAUCUGCCCUUGGUAGAGAAUGGUGAUCCUGGUCCAAGCACAUCUAAUUUUCGAAUAGGCGUUGAAGCUGAAAGUAUUAUGAAAAGGAAAUACAGGUUGAUUGACAGCUUUAGAGAAAACGAAAAUGAGGGGCUUCAAACACGUUACAGAGACCAGGUUACAAAACUAGGUGUAACUGAAGGAUGCCCCUGUUGUGGAAAUACCUGGUUUUCAGUCUAUAUUCAUCAUAUCAAAAGAUUUAUCGGGAUUGACAAAGAAUUGACAGUAUAUAUUUUAACAAGGUGUUCAAGUCUUUGCACAAACAUUGUUACGUAG